CAAACAUAGCGUUCACAGUCAAAGGAAAGUUUCAGUUUUAUUGUUUUAGAAUUUUUUAUCGCCGUUUAAACUAGUAAUCAAACAAAGAAUUAUGAGUAUGAAUUUAAAUAUGAGCUCAACUUUGCUAGGAAACGCAUGGGGAACGUUAUCACCUAGUUACCGAGAGGACGUUGCUACGACAACUGCAUUGCAACCUGUCUCAGUGGGGAACUUAUCGCCCUACUCAUACAACACAAGCCCAAAUGGAUAUAUCAAAGAGCCCAGUUAUCAAACUACAACGCUAGCUCCAUUGUCUCCCGUUCAAAGCACUGACUAUGCUCCAGAGAGCCCUCGGGCUAGUCCCAUACCACAGGGAAACACGGACUAUCCAACCAAAAUCGUCUUGGACAAUGUCCCUAUGGACACUUAUAAACUCUCUCAACAGAGUGGGAAUUAUCACUACCAGGCGGCGUAUUAUCCCUACAACACUGACCAGGUAGAUACCGGGUACCCGUCACCACCUGCCACCCUCCAGCAAUGCGUCCCCAACAGUUGCAUGUACUCAUAUAGGGGGGUAGGUGACAGUGGUGCCACCUCAUGGCGGGUAUCUAUGCCCCAAUCAGAAGUGACUUCUACAACUCAGUUGGGCAUCUCAAGCUCAGCGUAUACCGGCGCAUAUACCAGCUCGUAUACCAACUCAUAUGGAACACAGGGUUAUGUUGUAAAAAGUUUAUCAGAGCCCCCGAAGCUGCCGCCACCGAUUCUACCCACAUUUCUCCACCUGCGAAAGAAGAGGAAGCCGUACACAAAACACCAAAUAGGGGAGUUGGAGAAGGAGUAUAAUAGCAAUACAUACAUUCCGAAACCCAAACGCUGGGAACUAUCACAAAAACUUAACCUCACUGAAAGACAAGUGAAAAUCUGGUUCCAGAAUAGGAGAAUGAAAGAAAAGAAAAUGGACGGAAAGCCUUGUGGUAUGGACAUGAUGGACAGCCCAUGAAAAUUAGUGUCUAUGGCCAUGGGUUAUUUGGUGCAGUAGUUCAGUUAAUUUAUAAAGAUGACAUUCCAUUAAAUUUCAUCCUCAAGAUCACGCUAGACUCCGGACAAAUUUCUUUUUUCUGAGAGGGAGAAUCUGUUAGUUUUGCAUUUGUAGGAUAGAAAAAUUUAAAUCCAUUAUUUUCGAUAAGACAUUUAUGACUUUGAAGAGAUGUACAUGUAUGUCCGUGUACUCGUAUCAUUCCAGGUUUACUCAUUCGUUUGUUUAGUCAAUUCAACACGUAUUAUAUAUUCUUCAGUUGAACUAUAGAUAUGUGGGCUCACCAUUCGCCAUCGUAUGGCUAAUUUUGGAUAUUCAUUUUUUAAUUUAGUGUGAUGGGGGAUAUCUUUUUCUAAACUAUUUGUUUUGCCCUCAGUAUCAAUACCAUGCCAUGUCGUCUGCCCCUAAGUAUUCACACGGUGGCGAAAGUUGAGCCCACACGGCCUAAUAAAGUGUGGCAGCUACAUAAGACAUGUGUGUUUAUAUGUUUGAUCAUUUAGGCCUACGCGCAAAAAUGUAGUCGGAUUAUGGCAUACCUUAUCACUCUAAAAAGUGUUUACUAAAUUACUGAAUCACUGUUAAUUUGGAAAUACAUGACCUCAUUUGAAGAGCUUGAAAAUAG